GAGAAGCAAAAGCGUUGAAAUUGAGAGCAAAGCUCUUGAGAGCAGUGAGUGGCCAUGGCUGCUGCAAUGGUAGCCUUCAUCUCUGGACCAAGCUCUCUUUCUCACUUGAGAGCAGUGCCAAAACAAGCGCUUCUUCAUCCCCUGAGGACCUUCUUCUCAAAGCCAUACCCUAACAAUCUCUUCCUGAGAAGCUCCUCAAAUGGGAUAAGGAGAAGAUCAUUCUUCAUCCCUAUCAGACCUUUCUCUCCUGUCAUGGAAUGGCAGGACUGCAGUGCUAAGCUUGACAUCGAUGUUCCUUGCUCGAUUGCGUUUCAGUGUUAUUCUGAUCGUGAAUCGAUCCCGAAAUGGAUGCCUUUUAUAUCUUCUGUGAAGGUUCUAAAAGAUAAACCUGCCCUGUCUCGUUGGUCACUGAAGUAUGAGGUACUUGGCCGCGAUGUUGAAUUUUCUUGGCUAGCUCGUAAUAUGCAGCCCAUUCCCAAUCAGAAAAUUCAUUGGCGAUCGCUGGAAGGUCUUCCCAACAGAGGUGCAGUUCGAUUCUUUCCCAAGGGACCAUCUUCAUGCAGUGUAGAGAUGAGCAUCUCAUAUGAAGUUCCUCAAAUUUUAGUUCCUGUCGCAUCGGCUCUGAAACCUCUGUUGGAAAGCUUGCUUUUGAAUGGUUUGGAACGUUUUGCAAAUGUUGCAAAAGACUACCAGAAAAAGACGUCUCUUCGCUGAAAAUUUGGUGCUGAUUUCAUCCAAGAUUUAGCACUUUGAUUCACAUAUUUCUCAAUGUUAUAUUAAAUUAAACAUGAACUCGUGAUUUUCGACGAUAACAUUGGAAUAUGUAUCUUUAAUACUUCUAAAUGUAAUGAUCUGGCAGGGGAAAUAAACCCCCUAUUUGUCCA